UUGAAAGUUAGCGACAUCUUUAUGUCAAAAUUUACCGCAGUUCAAAAUCAUGUUUACCAAAUGUAAUAUUUUUGUUUAGAAUUGUACGUAUUUAAAAAUUUAUAUUUUAAGUAUUACAUUGAAAAUAUGAAUUACUUUUUAACUUUAUGUUUGAAACAUUUAUUAUAGGUUUUAUGUGAUCAUGGCUUUCUAUAUUUUAGAUAAUGACAUUCGUGUUACAUGUCAAAACGCUCACGUGCGUAGUUUACUUUGUUACGAAAACAAAGUGAAUGAUGUGAAGGAACUUUGUCCCAAGUGUACAGAAUGACUGACAUUGGUGCCUGCAGCUUCCAGUGUUCUUAAGAAUUUUGACCUCAGUCCUGGGCACCUUUAUCAGUGCCACCAUUGGCAGAAGAUUAUAGCUGUCGAGAAGCUGAAGAUACGUCACAGCUAAGAAUAUGACUGCACAAUGGAGACCAGGGCGCCUCAAACAACAUCAGAUGACGCGGUGCCAGCCCGGCAGUUGCGCCCAAGGAGGAGCUUGCAGCGGUCAGACGCAGUCUGCCCCGUGUGCCGUCGCCACGUGUCGCCGUCCACCGGCCACAGGAUGCAGACGCGCAGGCAGCACUCGCAGUGCACCUGCGAGGCGUCUGCCGCGGCGGCCGGCGGCGGCGUAGCAAAAGGCCCCCGCACUUUGACCGGCCGGGGAGCCGAGUCAGUGCGGAAGAGACGGCCACCGAGGGGGAGGGGGAGGGGCCCACCCGCGUCCAGGGCGAGGUCGCGGCACAAGGCCCUGCCCGUGGUGCGGGCCCGGCCUCGGUCGCCGGGCGGGGGCGACGACGUCCCGGGGAAAGAAAGGAAACCCUCGCUGCCGCCGGUCGAGUCGGGCAGUGACAAGCCCGGUGUUUCGGGGAGUUCGGCCUCCGUCUCCGUUUCAGGAGAGGAGAGUGCCGACAGGAAGCCUCUAAGCGUAGAUUUAUUUAUUGCCAGUAGUUUAUCUAGAUUGAGGGGCAGGCCGACUUUGCCGGCUUCGCAAGCUCCCCGGGGGAGAUCGGCGAAGGAGAUGAAGCCGGUGGAGCCGGCGGUGAGCGUGGAACCCCCUUCGUACCUGGACAGCAGCUCCAGCUCAAAGUCGUCCACGCCGAGAGACGAGCCGUUGCGAGACACUCCCGGCAGGCAGGAGGCGAGGGGCGUGGUGGUGCAGACGAGGGCCAAGCAGGGAAGCAGUGCGAGGGGCACUGCGGGGCUGUACAGCUGGAGCAGCAGUAGCAGUAGCAGCAGCGGCAUCACCAGUGCUGUUUGCAUCAGCCUGAGGAGCGGUCACGUCAUGCGCGACGAGCCCAGAGCCGGGUCUGGGGACAUGUACAGCAACCCCGUGCCGAGCACUUCUGGCCUGGGCGCCAGAAGGACUCAGUUCGCUGGAGGGGACGACCCCACGCCGCAGGCGAGCGCUCGGCACGGCCCGUGGAGUGGCCGGUCGAUGGACGAAGGCCAGAAAAGAAUGUCUUCUUACUACAAAGCUAAGAAACAUUCCAAAGACGAAGAGAGCCGGCGAAGAAAGUUUGUCGAAAGUGCCGUAAGUUCUAGUCAUACUGAAAUUGUUCGGACGCCAGAAAUCGCUUUAGCCAUUAGAAAGACUAAAAUUAAACACGUUUGCCCAGUGUGUUCAAAAGCUUUUGGUAGCCCGGGCAAGCUUCGGCAGCACAUGUACUCGCAUACCGGAGAGAGGCCCUUCCAGUGCUCCCAGUGUCCCAAGUCAUUCUCCUCCAAGUUCAAACUGGUGCGUCACGUCCUGAUCCAUUCCGACGAGAGGAAAUUCCACUGCACGAUUUGCGACCGAACAUUUCACCGAAAAGAUCAUUUGAAGAACCACGUAAAGGUUCACAGCCCCGUGAAAAGGACAUUCCGUUGCGAGAAAGAAGGAUGUGGAAAGGAGUACAGUUCGUUCUUGAGUUUCCGAAAACAUCUUGCAGUCCAUGCGGCCGAAGAAGGGAAUUUAGAGUGUAAGAUGUGCGGGAAGACUUUUGCGACAAAAGAAGAAAUCGUGUAUCAUUUGAAGGUCCACGCCGGUUCGAGGACCGUAAAAAAUCCAUCUGACAAAAAGUACCUUUGCGAUCAUUGCGAUCGGAAAUUUUUCACACGGAAAGACGUACGCAGGCAUUUGGUCGUGCAUACGGGCAAGCGAGAUUUCCUUUGCCAGUUCUGUCCCCAGCGGUUUGGUCGCAAAGACCACUUGGUGCGUCACAUCAAGAAAAGUCACCACGGUGGUUCUGUUCCUAAAGGAAAAAUGAAGAAAGUGCGCACGAGUGCAGCGGUGACCACCGCGCCACCUACAAGCGGAGCCGCUGCUUUGAGAAGAAUGCUGUCCGCAUCCAAGCCGUCCACGUCGAGGGAUUCUUACCCGGAGAUCCACCUUCUCGACCCGACGCCUUCCACCAGCACUUCGGACGAUCUGCUCUUAGGGUACAGUCAGCCUGUGGAAGCAAGCGAACUAGUUCCUAUCCGGCCGAUCCCUUCGUACGUGAAGGACGAAGAAAGCAAGGAGUUUCUGAUGGCCGGUGCCAGGUCGUUCCCGGAGGACUCUCUGGGGCUGGGGCGGAUCCUGGAGGAGGAGGGCCACUUCGUGAGCAGCGAGGGAGGGGAGGAGGUGAAGAUGGAGCCGGGAGCCGAGGAGGAGCUGCAGCAGGGCCGGGGCGGGCAGCUGGUGCCGGGCUUCAUGUACGUCGCUCCCCCGCCCCCGUACCCGGGGGGCCUGCGCCAGGACUUCAAGCUGUUCGAGCCGUCGGAGGAGCCCAAGAUGCAGGGGCACUUCUCGCAGCACGGGCGGCUGUCGCCCGGCGACGGCGUGGACAUCAACCAGCUCCUGGGGCUGCUGCCAGGUGCGUCGCCCGACGAGGGCCAGGCGUCCCACCUGAGGGCCGAGGAGGACCUGCAGGGCAUGCUGCAGGGGUCGGUGGAGGGGAGCCUUCUGGGGCCCGGCUCGAGUCUCUCGUCCCAGCUGCUGCAGCUGAUGGGCUCGUCCGGAGCUCCCGAGGAGGCGGCCCUCCCCCACGUCCUGAGCCCGGAGGAGCAGCAAGAGGGACAGCCAGAGUCCACGCCGCUACCUCGUUUCAAUCAAGCCUUUCCACAGUAGUGCGUCCGCGUCGAUCUUGCCAUCGGUUCUGUACGGGGACGCACCGCAACGCCGAAAUACCACAACCCCGAACGUACAAUAACGCUGAAUGCCAAAUUGACUGCAACGCCGACAGCUAGAAAACUGCCGUGUACCACAACGCCGAAUUACCACAACGCCGAAAUACAUUAACGCCGAAAAAUGUCAUUGCAGGACUGCCACAAAGGUUAGGUUAGGCUAGGUUAGGCUAGCCUAGGUUAGGUUAGGUACACAAAUUCAUUCAGUUGUUUUUCAUUUUGCUCCUGUGCCCCCCCCCCCCCCCCCCUCCCCGCAACAACAUUUUUCAGCGUUACUGUAUUUUGGCGUUGUGGUACACAGCAGUUUUCCAGCUGUCUGCGUUGCGGUCAAUUUGGCAUUCGGCGUUAUGGUAUUUGGCGUUAUUGUACAUUCGGUGUUGUGGUAUUUCGGCGUUGUGGUAACGACCCGUUUUGUACCGUGCAAAAGUUAUUGAUUUCUUCUGCAGUCUUUUUUGCAUCCUGUGUGGUUUUGUCUGUUAUGUCAUUACAUUGGAAAAUUACGGUUGUUUCAUGUUUUCAUCCGUCGUUCUGUUGAGAGGAGUCUCUCACUCCACGAGUUUGUUGCAGAUAAAUGUCAUAGCAAUUUUACGUAGAAACUUGAUAAAUUUUAACUUUGUUGAUUGGGAAGGUACUUACAGUGUAAAUUGAAUACCUUUUAACCUCCCUCGCUGAAAUUUAGGAAUACAUGCUAUCAAACAUUAGAAUUUGGCGAACACAAGACUUUGUAUCACAUGUUAUUCGAAACCAAUUUUCUACUGGAAACUAUUUACCGUUCCGUUUAUUUAGAAGUGUUCUGAUAUUUAGUUACACCCUUACAAUAAUAUUGUGAUUUUAGUGAUAAAUAACCUUUUUUUAAAUUAAGAGUUUUGUGAGGAUGUACAGUGGCACUUAUUUAUGAUUUUUGUUUUGUUUUCGGUCUCUUCUAUGCCAAUGUAUAUUGUUUUUUUUAACACAGUUUUAUAAUGUGCUAUGUAACUGUAGAAGUACUAAAACAAAUGCUUAUAUUUUAAAGUAGUAAUACAUUGGUACCAAAAUUUUUUAGAAAUUAAGGUAACUACAUGUUAUAAAUAAAGUGGCAUUAGAAUGAAAAUGAUCACUUAUAGCUAGUGACGCUAGUAAAAGGAAAUAAAAUUGACUUAAAGCUGUGUUAAAAUGAGGUAAAGCGGUGCAAAAUUCUGGUAUUAAAACAUAAAAGUGAUACAAGAACAAAGGUGUAAAAAAUUAUCAGUUAUAAAAUUAGUACAAAUUUUAGAUUAUCUUAUCUCUCUUUAAAAAUAUUUUUUUUCCAUAGCCUAUUCAUUAAAACUUUGGAAUAAUUUUUUUUUGUAAAAAUUUUUAAUUUUAGGAAUUUAUCACAAAAUUCCUUCUUGUGAUAAUUUCUAUAACUUUCAUCAUAUAAUUCAACUAAAAGAAUUAAAUAAUUCAGUGUUAAACAAUGCAGACACAUGGUAGGUUCUAAAUAAUGUUUACUAAUGCCCUUCAUUAACAGUGUGUUCAGUUCUAGAUGUUAUAUAAACAACUAAAUUAUAAAUAAAAUGGGACAUAGAAAAACGUCGAAAAAACACAUUCUAAGGUGUGGUUUCGUACCAAUUCUUGGCUUGAAAUAUAAAAUCACUAAACACAAAGUCUACACAGAAAAGAAAAUAGGUUAAUUCUAUAUUAUUUUCACACUCGUUUGAAUGUUUCCCAUGAAACAAAAUUUUUCUUUCCUUGAAAAAGAUCAAUUUUAAGUGUGUCACAUAAUUAAUAAAAAAUUACAUAAAACCAUUUAAAAAUUCAUAAUGUUUAGUAGCUAUCUUGUAAACAACACCAUCCCAUUCAAACAUAUGAAAAUACAAGCUGUAUAACUUCGUAUUGUACGUACAGCACAAAGAGCAAAUUAUCACAGGUGUGCCGUUCAUUAAUACUUUUGGCGUUGUAGUAAACAAAUACUACAGUCAAGAUACGAAAUUUCUUUGUUAUGGAAACUUGCUUCAUGUGUUACAAUGUCUAUGACACACUGCGUUAUGUUUUCAGAAAUAACGUAGAUCAAAUCGUGUCAAUAGCCUGAAUUAAAAAAAUAUAUAUAUAUAUAUAUAUAUAUAUAUAUAUAUAUAUA